GCAAAAUAGUGGCUCAGUUUGUAGUAAAUCAGAAAAAAGUUUUCGUUUUUGUCUAGAUCGCGGGAAGACGUCAAGCGCCGGCUCGUUAAGGAAUUGGAAUUGUACCCACGAUAUUAAGUAUUCCAAAAUUUAUAGCAAUAUGUAUCGUCUAGCAUUGAAAAAACCAUGCAGAGACGCCAUACAGAUCACAUUAAGCCAAUAUAGCCGAAAAAACUAUAGCAAUGGUCUACCACCAAAUGUACGAGAAGCCGGUUUUGGCAAGGUGUUGGUAUUUCUAUCGCCCCUUGUCGCUGUCGGUGGAGUAAUUGGAUAUGCGAAAUACGACCCGAAAUUUCGAAAACAAGUCGAACAAAAUGUUCCCGGCGCAGAAUACGUUUUAAAAGUUGCUUUAGAGUCAAAAGACCCUAUCGACGAUAUUAGUAAGCAGUUUGAUGGUGUUAAGAAGCAAUUCAACAAUGUCACGAAAACGAUUGAUAGCGCCACAUCCACUGUUACUGGCUGGUUUGGUAGCUCCGAAAAAGCUCCUCCUAAGCAACCAGAAGUUGCGCCAACAAAAACUACCCCGCCAGCAAAACCUGCGCCAGUAAGUGCUGCCAAGGAAGCGCCUCCUGCCGCAAAGCCUGCUACUGCCAAACCUAGUGAGCCUGUGAGAAUAGAAAAAAAGCAUGAACCUUUGCCGAAAGAUGUGACCGACUUGGAAAAUGCGGUUGAAGUUGCAGCUGCACUUGCUGUCCAAGAAUACAACAAAGCGAUUGCUAUUCUCAAGAGCUUUAACAACGAUGUGCGUAAAGUCGUUGAUGAUGCCAUUGAUAAUGUCGACACCUCGAGAUGGACUUCCUUAAGAAACAAAACAAGUGCUCGUGAUACUUCCGUAGCCACCGCAGAAAAGUCUGCACGGGAAGCUAUUGACAAAAUUGAAAAAUGUGAGAUUGCACUAAGCAAAGCUGCAACCGCCGAUAAUCAUGAGCAGAUCGUUACCCUACGCAAAAAGAUUAAGACAUUGGUGGAACACAUUAACCAUGUCAAAGAUGAAUUAUAUCAGCAUAAGGAUUUAGCCACGGUGUCCGAGAAAUACUGGAGAAACGUGGAGAAAGCACGCAAUUACUUCAUUGAGGAAAUUGAAUCCAUAUUCCCGGGUUUAAAUUUGGCAGAUCAAAAACUAAAUCUCUCAAAAGAAGAUUUGGAUUUGUUCAUCAUGCAUGCUUACUCCCAUGUGCUGGCUUACCAGAAGGAGCUCCAACGUUUGCAAACCGAUGGCGAAUUAAGAUUAAAACGUGUCAUCGAUGCUUUCCGUGGUGAUAGCGAGUCGGAGGCAGUUAAAGCACAAUUGGAUUAUCACUUGGAAGCUGAGAAGCGCAAACUGGCUUUGGAACAUCAGAAGAAAAUUUUCCAAAUUCGCGCUGAUUCCGAAAAGCAAUUGCGUCUACAAUUGAAAAAGCAAGCUGAAGCGCAUAUUGAUCACUUGAACGAUGCGAUAGCCAUGAAGGAAAGUGAAAUGAAACGUAGCUUCACACGUGAAUUGGAGGAUAAAUUGGCCACUGAGAAGGCUAAUUAUAAACUGCAACUUGCGGCUAUGGUUGGAAAAAUGCGCGGCAUGGAUGCUGCUUUACAAGCGCGUGCUGAGUCAGAACGUUCAGCACAUCAAGCGCAAGCACUGUGGGCUGCCUGCCAGGCCUUGUGGGCCACAGUAAGCACUGGUGAACCUGGUGUACACUGGCGGAAUAAGUUGCGCCCACUGAAGAGUGAAAUCAAGGCGAUUUCUAAAGUGGCCGAGGGCGAUGAACUGGUCUCUGUUGUCAUACAAAAUUUGCCAACUACCGCCAGCGAGCGUGGUGUGUUCACAGAAGAUGCAUUACGUGAACGUUUCAUUAACGUGGAACGCGUUGCACGUAAACUGGCGCUUGUACCGGAAGGCGGCGCUAGUAUCCCCAUCUAUUUCCUUUCAUACUUGCAAUCGCUUUUCAUUUUGAAGCCUGACGAUCCCAUCUCCCAGGAUGAAUUGCAAAACAAACCAUUUGAUUACAGUAAAUUGGACACCUACGACAUUUUGAAUAGAGCCAGGUAUUUCGUGGACCGUGGCGAUCUGCUGCAGGCCUUAAAGUACAUGAAUCUAUUGCAAGGUGGUGCACGUCGUGCUGCAUGUGAUUGGUUAAAUGAAACGCGUCUAACGCUCGAGACCAAACAAGCUGCCAAUACGUUAAUGGCACACGCUGCCGCCAGUGGCCUGUUAUAUUUGUAAAUUAAAAUAAUGGUGGGUUGGCUUAACUGUAAAUGAAAUCGUUUGCGUGAGCAAGUCAUUG